AUGGCACCAUCGUGGCUCAACGCCGCGCUGGGUGCCACGAGUGUGCUGCUCUCGACGAAUGCCUUCGUCGCAGCUUCGUCACCCAACAGGCUUUCUGCCUCCAUUGGAUACAGUGGCAGUGAUCCAUGUCCCAGAAGCUGCACCGAGUCAGGCAUCAACAGCCUCGAGUGGGAUGCUUUUCGCAGCAUGGACCAGCUCGACCAGUGCCAGAGCCCCAUGCUCUUUGACUUUGCCCUGGCCGACCGCGUCGACGAUGAGGCUCAGAACCACCGCAUCUUUGCCUGUACUACCUCGAGCGAGAGUUGGAGCAAGAUCUCCACAGCCCAGCUCCUCGCUUCGCGGCCGGCGGACGAGGUCGAUGCCGAGUUCGAGGUAGGACGCGGCGACGAGGACGGCGGCAUCGCGCCCGAGGCAGCCGUGGCCUCUCUCACUGGCUUCCUCGGACAGUAUGUCCGGCAGGAGCAGGCUCAAAACGGUACAAGCAUGAUUUAUGGCAGCUUUGGCGGCGCUGCGGCCGGCAUGUACGUCGGGCCGAGUCUAAACGGCGGUGCUGUCAGUGCCACGGCUCUCCAACACCUUCAAGACAGCAUCAAGCAUGCCAACAGCAGCCAAGGAACACUUGGUGUCCAAAUGUGCGGACCUAGCUUCGAUUCAAACCACAUUUUUGGCUUCAUCGCUACCACUAACGGCACCUUUGACGCCAUUCAGGAUGCCAUGUCCUCUUGGUACAGCGGUGAUUGUGUCAAGUUUGGCACCUCUGACAAGAUCAAUGGCAAAGCACACUUUUUUGCUCCCCUUCUGUCCUCGAUCCAAGCCAGCAACUCUACCAACGCCACCGCACCGCAUAUAUCCAAGCGCGGCGAGUGCAGAACGGUCCAGGUCAAACAAGGAACCGGCUGUCCGGAGCUCGCCAAGAUGUGCGGCAUCUCUGGGGCCGACUUUACCAAGUACAACCCCGGCAAGACCUUUUGCAACGAUCUGAUGCCUGGUCAGCACGUGUGCUGCUCCUCCGGCACACUGCCCGACUAUAAGCCCAAGCCAAACAAGGACGGGUCUUGCGCUACAGCCACGGUCGAAAAGGGGCUGGACUGUUCGUCCAUUGCUGCUGCCAAUGGUCUCACGAAGAAGGAUAUUGAGAGCUUCAACGAGAAGAAGACUUGGGGCUGGAAUGGCUGUGAAGGUGGUCGUCUCUGGGCUGGCAGUGUGAUUUGCAUCAGCAAGGGCACGCCGCCCAUGCCUGCACCCCAAGGCAACGCCGUUUGUGGGCCCCAAAAGCCUGGAACCAAGAAGCCUAAGGAUAUGAACAAGCUGGCUGAGCUGAACCCGUGCCCUCUGAAUGCAUGUUGUGACGUUUGGGGUCAGUGUGGUACAACGGACGAGUUCUGCACCGACACCGGUAACGGGGCGCCUGGCACGGCCAAAAAGGACACAAAUGGCUGCAUCUCCAAUUGCGGUACCAAAAUUGUCAAAGGAAACCCGAGCGAAUACCGCAGUAUUGCGUACUUUGAGGGAUACGCCUUUAAGCGCAAGUGUCAGUAUCAGGACGCCUUUCAGAUUGACCCCUCCAAGUACACUCACCUACACUUUGGCUUUGGUACCCUCUCCAAGGACUUUAAGCCCAUCAUCGACGACUAUGCCACCAAUUACGAGUUCAACAAUUUCAGACUGAUCAAGGGCCCAAAGAGAAUCUUGUCCUUUGGCGGCUGGGACUUUUCGACGGGUCCUGACACGUACACCAUCUUCCGCGAGGGGACAAGCCAGGCCAACAGAGAGACUCUAGCGACCAACGUCGCCAACUAUAUCCACAAGUACAAUCUCGACGGUGUUGAUAUCGAUUGGGAGUAUCCCUCUGCCCAGGACAUUCCUGGUGUUCCUCCCGGCGAUAAGAGCGAAGGCAAAAACUAUCUGGAAUUCCUCAAGCUUCUCAAGUCCAAGCUCAACGGGAAGAGCCUUUCCAUUGCUGCUCCCGCUUCCUACUGGUAUCUGAAGGGGUUUCCCAUCAAAGAAAUUAGCAAGGUUGUCGACUAUAUUGUCUUUAUGACGUAUGACCUCCAUGGCCAGUGGGACGUUGACAACAAGAAUGCCCAGGUUGGUUGCCCUGGCGGUAACUGCCUCCGCAGCCACGUCAACUUGACCGAGACGCAAAACUCCCUGUCCAUGGUCACCAAGGCUGGCGUUGACUCUGGAAAGGUGGUUGUUGGCGUCACGAGCUAUGGCAGAUCCUUUGCCAUGAGUGACGGCUCCUGUCACGGGCCUGACUGUACCUUUACCGGCACGCGUCUACACUCAAAUGCGAACAAGGGAAAAUGCACAGACACGGCUGGCUACAUCUCCAAUGCUGAAAUCAAGGCCAUUGCCAAAGACAAGAGCCGCGUCAUCAAAAGCUACAUGGAUGACACUAGUAACAGUAAUGUGCUAGUAUACGACAAGAACCAGUGGGUGGCUUACAUGGACGCUGAUGUCCGGAGCCACAGAGAAAAGCUCUAUAAGAACUGGGGCAUGGGUGGCUCGUCGAACUGGGCUACCGACCUCGAGAACUUUGAAGAUCCGCCCAAGGGCUUCCCCGACUGGUCUGCGUUUACCGUCUCGCUCAAGUCUCGCAAGGAUCCGUACGAGGAUGUCGGCAAACGCACCGGCAACUGGACCAAGCUGGACUGCACCGCUGACGGUGCAACCGACACCCUCCACUACACUGCCGAUGAGCGUUGGGAGAAUCUGGACGCUGCCAAUGCUUGGAAGGACAUGAUCUCUGACUGGAAGAAAUACCGCGCCAAGACGUCGGGUGUUCAUACGGGCACCGCGCUAUUCUCCGAGUUCUUUGCCAACAACUUCAACCACACCCUGCCCAUUGACUGCGGUGACAUUUCGCCUUCCAGCAACUGCCGAAGCGCGCUUGCCUGCGCCGACUUUACUGGCGAGAGGACCGGUCCAGCAGCCGCCCUAAUCUGGAAUUCAUUCGUCCAGAUUAACGAAUUGUAUGCAUCGUACGCCGAUGCUCUCGGCCACGCCGCUGCUGAAAAGAUUGAUCCCUCGCUGGACGAUUUUCAGGAGACUUUUGCUCCCACUCCUCCCAAGGAGGACAAGGAAUGGCUCACCAUCCUUCUCGACCUGGUCUCCAUGGGUACCAGCAUGGUGGCUGGCCCUUUUGUCGGCAAGGUGAUUGGCAAGCUGCCGUACUUUGUGGCCAAGGCGGAGGAUGCCGGCGCCAACGCGAUCAAAGACAAGAUCUCGUCAGCCGGUAGCAGUCUUCUGACCACCGCCAUCACCAUAGGCAGUGGCUUCGUCGACGGCAAGACGUCUGACUGGGACCCCAAGGCCGAAGCCCACUUCAAAAACACCAUGGGCCUGGCCAUGGCCGGGUGGAACGACAUUGCCACCGAGGGCCUGCGCGACCUCUUCAACGGGUCCGACUCUUCUCUCGACACGCUCAGCGAUCUCCUCGCCGACGGCCAGUUUGCCGGCGGCAAAGACUAUGGCAAGGGUUCGUACGACCAGGCAAGCAGCAAAGAGGCCAACACCACGCUCGAGGAUGACCUCUCCAAAACGUUUUACGCCUACGCCAUACCGGCCAUCUGGCACGCGUCGGGCCACCGCCCCUUUAUCAUCGACACAGGUCUGAGCUGCGACAAGGGCAAGAACGAGGAUAUCAAGCUCAAGGGCGCCUGUUACAGGGAAAAAGACACGUGGUAUCGCCUGGCCAGCCCGGACGGCGGCUAUCAGGAGUGUGCCAAGAAUGGCUGCGACCAUGUGCCGAACCCAUGCGUCGAGUGCAACGAUGACCAAUUCAAGACGCCGACUGGUGUGGACAAGCUCGGCAGCGAUUACUUUUCCAAGGUGUCUCUGGAAGAUCUCAUUAUUGGAUCGGUGAGGACUUACCUGGACAAUGGCGGCGAAAACGGCGGCAAGCCGGCCAAUCCCAACAAUGCUGCCACUCUCAAGAGCCUGAUGCAGGACGACGUGACGACGCCCGGCUUCAUCCGGAUGCCCGUCUGCAGCGCGGACCGCGCGCGCAUCGCCUGGGGCGCGAGCAGCGAUGACGCCAAGGACUACCCGUGCAACGCCAACGCCGGAUACGACUACUGCGGCGACUCGACGAUAGAAAACCAGACGAGCGGCGCAUCGCCGCUGGUCAGCGACUGCAAGGAAAUGAUUCGCAUGCUCGAGGACCGUGAGCUGCCGACGCGCUGGCCGCACGUCGGUCCGCUGGAGAAGCAACAAAUGAUUUGCUCGCACAAGUCGUGCAAGUUUGGCGUCACGGGCAAGGGUAUCCAUGGGAAUGUUGAUUUUAAAGUCGGCGCGCAGGACGUGAUUGAUUUGGUGCGCGACUCGAUCAACAAGUUUGGCGGUGGGGGGAGGGUUGGUUCCAAGGGGACGAUGAAUUGCAAGGGUAAUAUCAAAGGUCAAAAGGUCGACUGGGGGCUGUAUUAG